AAUUUUAUGCAUAAGGACAGAUCAGGUCGUCUUAAUUUACGUCAUAACAUUUCAGUAUUCCUUAAAUCUUUUUCAAAUAAGACUAUGGAACAAAAUAAUCCUUCAUAUCAUUCUUUACAGAAUGACUUUAGUUUUCAAAGUUCCAACUUUGCUAGAUUUAAAACCAAUUUUAAUCCAUCAAAAGUCGUUCAAAUGGAAAAUAUUCCAUUAAAUAUCAGUAAUUUCUAUUCACAAACUGUCGUUCAAAACCAUCCAGCUUCAUACAAUAAUUCUCAAUCGAAAUCUUAA